UAUAUAUUUUAAAGUUUAAAAUUUUUUAUACUUUGUUUCAUAUUUUUACAGAUAUAGUCACAUGUUGUGCAAAAAUGUGUGACAGCUUUACAGUACUGUUACUUUACUAAUUCCUGUUAACUAACUGUAAAAACUGAUAUUUUUUUUCUAGUAGAUCUAUGAUUGAAAUGCCUUAGGAGUUGGUUUAAAGUAACUUUUAUCUUAAAAAUGUUUGUAAUUAAAGUACAUGGAGACAAUUAACAUAUGUUUCAAAUGUUUUAAAGAUAAAUUUUAGAAACGAGUUUGAACUAAAUAUUUUACAAAAUGGCUGCAGGUGGAAAACUAGAAACGGAUAUUCUUGCUUUUAGGACAUUUGAUAUUGUAUGCUCCAUGUGUGAAAAUCAAGGUAAAAACACAGACGGUGAAAAGUUCUGUGUAGAAUGUAACGAUUAUUUCUGUUUAAAAUGUGUCAAAAUUCACAGCAAAGUGCCUUUGCUAGUUGGUCACAAAGUGUUGGAUAAAACUCAGGUAACGCCAGGAAUCAGAACUGGUGUGCGUAGCGCCCAAGGAGAGAGGUGUGACAGACACAGUCAUAAACACAUUGAUAGGUACUGUCAGAACCAUGAUAAUGUUGGCUGUUCUACGUGUAUGGCACUUGAUCACAGAUCAUGCAAGGAUACAUUCUACAUACCAGAAUAUAUCAAACAUUACACCCAACAUGUUACUCCACGAAGAAUACAAGCAUACCUGUCAGGAAUAGGUAAGACCCUUGCAGAACAAGUUAACCGAUGUAAACAAGAUAAACAUAGACUGCAGAAAAGAAAAACGGAGUUACUGGCUGAUAUAAGAAAAUUCAGACAAGAACUGGACAGGCUAGAGAAAAACGCUGUAGAUAAAGUAGAAGAUUUAUUCAAACUUCUUGAAGACAAGAUUGAAACAGAAGUGAGACAGUUAAAAGAUAACAUGGCCAGGGUUACCUCAGCUAACGAUAAAUUAGCGUAUUCAAACAAAAGUCAAUCUGAAGUUUUUGUUUAUUUAAAGAUGGGAGAGCAUGCAGCAAAUCUUGCUAACAUGUGUGUAGCAGAUUCUAAAAAGAAGGGUGUGGUUGACGUAGAGUUCAAACCUGAUAUGGAACUCCUUCAACGUCUAGAGCAAAGCAAUAUCCUAGGUGAACUAACAGAGAAAAAUACAAAAGCUGAGAACAUGUUAUUUGAGAUUCAAGCAAAACGGUCUUAUUGUGUUAAAUUGAAGACUGACAAAGAUAACUGUGAUUUCACCAGUUCCUGUUGUACGGAGGAUGGCACAAUAAUCCUAGCUGAUACACAAAACCAGAAUAUUAAACGGUUAGACAGUAACACCUAUACUGUGACAGGCUAUUAUGAUCUACCUUCAGCACCAGGGGAAGUUUGCGCAAUCACUAAUUCUCAAGUAGCAAUAUCUUUAUCACCUUUGCAAACACGGCAGAAAAUUCAUUUCAUUUCUCUAGAAGGAAAGAUGAAAAUAACAAACAAGAUUACAAUUGAUUGUACAUGUAUUGGUCUUGCAUAUGCAAACAAUAAUUUGUAUAUUUCUGACAAUCGGUCAUCAGUUUAUAUCUACACAUUGUCUGGAAGGAAGCUUAAAGAGUUCAACAUUAGCCAAGAAGGUCAGAAACUGUUCUCUGGCAUACAUAGCCUAACUGUAAGUAAGGACGCUACAAGGAUUUAUGUUGCUGAUUAUCAUAAUGGACUGAUAGUACUUGACAAGACUGGCCAGAUUGUUACAACAUUCAAGGAUAAACAAAUAAGGGGAGCUAACUGCUGUUGUCUCACUGAAGCAGGCAGCGUUCUGGUAUCUGGGUUGCGCUCUACAAAUGUUGUACAGUUUACAUCUGAUGGUGACCUGAUAGGACAGGUUAUAAAAAAUGAAAAAGAUAAAACCCGAAUACAGUUAGUAUGUUAUAAUCUACAAACGUUUAAGAUGUGUAUAAUUAGAAGUAAUGACAACAACAUUGAAGUAUAUGGAAAAAGAAUAUGAAUGAGAAAGCUGUGUAUAUGCUUAAGGGUUGAAGAAGUGAAGAUAUGUGCUUAAUUUAAUGACUGAGUUCAUAGUUUGAUAUACUAGUACUGUAUAUAAUUAUAGUUUACUAAAUUUCUUUUUAAGUUCAAAAAAUCACACUAGCAAUACUUGCAAUUAUACAAUAUUUUAUAUUCUGUUAUAAAAAAUUGAUUGCUUAUUUCAUAUAUUUUCCUAUAUGUAGCUACAGAAAUACUUACCUUUUGUUUUGCCUCUAUUCUCAGACAGCGGUCAUUUUUCUUUAAUCCUAUUAAUAUUAUACAUGUAUAUUCGAAUGUGUUGCAAUGUGUUACUCCAUUGCUUUUAAUAUUAAUAAACGUAAAGGGAUACUUUUCGGUGUCAUAGUGUUAACAACUGUGUAAAUCAAAGUGUGUCUUCAAUGUAAACGAUUUUCAGGAUUCAUUAA